AUUGGUUGCUGCGAUGCAUUCUAGGCAGAAGCCUGGAUGUCAGUAGAUGAUUUUUUAAAAGCGUAACUAAACCCUAAACCAACUUUUUUUAGUUAAUAAUCUGUACGAAUGGGGCUUUAUUAGUGCUGUUCAUUGAUUUUUUGACAUUUGGAUAUAAAGUGUUUUAAUACUACAAUAUAUGGUGUAAAAACGUCUGAGUGCUGCCCUCUUCAGGUUAAACGGUGGCUACUGCAGUUGAAUUUUCCUGUUGGAGGGUGGGUCCAAAAAAUGAUUUGUGACGUAGGCAGGUUCAAGAUCAACACGCACUUGUUACGAUCUCACCACACACUUAGUUCGUCCCCUCUCUCUCCGUUGGGAUCUGCCCACUUUUCUUGCAUUUUUCAAAUAUUGCCUGUGGGUGGAGUCGGGCUCUGACCAGGGGUUUAGUUACGCUUUAAAGACAUUUUUUGACUCUCUUUGUGUAAUGUUCAGGGAUGUGACGAGAGUUUGAUAGACAACAAGAAGGUUAACAGAACUUUCACAGUUCAUUCAAUAAUGUAUAGUUACUUUUAAAUAGGUGUACCCACGGCCCCCACUGCACAUCUGGCAGACAAAAGAAAAUCUCAUGAGCUGGAGAUGUGUAAACUGAAAAUAGAUUGGCAAAAAGACAAGAUUGAUGAGCUGACCAAGGAGAGAGACUAUCUAAAAGAGCAGCUGGCCUCAGCUCUUAAAAGAGAGGACACCGUUUCAAAGAAUACAAUUCCCCUGUCUUCAGAUUCCUGUCGUGACAGCUCAGAAUCUUCCUCUGAUUCUAUGUCUGACUCCUCUAUAUCCUCAUCAGAGGGGGACAGGAAGAAGAAAAGGGUGAAAAGAAAGGGGAAAGGGAAAAAGUAUGGGAAGAAGUCGAAGAAAAUGGAAACAAAGACACGUCAGAGAGCUCAAACACCAAAGCAGGUUGUGGCCCGAUAUGAAAGAGUUCUUCGACACUUCAGCAGAGGAGGGACCAUGUCGGCUGCAUUCAAGCAGGUUGGGGUGGACCGGAACACCAUCGUAGUCAAUGCACCGAUUGCUGAAUUGUACAUCGCUGCUCCCUCCAAAUUUAAGGAACUCCUUAAAACCCACAGCAGUGAGGUUAAACUCAGUAUUUUUGCCACACAAUGUGCUGCUGUGAUUCAUGAGGAUCCAGCUAUAGAAGAUACUAUCAAAGCCUUUAAGGCUUCCGGUAAGCUGCUGCCUCUAAAAGGAAAGUGAACUGAUCUAGGAUCUGUAUUCAAGUUUUCACAAAAAGUUGUGUAAUGGACUGAAACACGUCCACAAUCUGCACUGCUGUUUUGAAGUGUUUGAAACGUUCUUUAAUGUUAAUACUGAGGUAGUUUUUACACGGUAAAAUAUUUUAUAAUAAUAUUUAUUUUAUUUGUUGUAUUUUAUAUGGUAUAUUUUUUAUUUUUUAUGUUGCAUUAGCACUCCUGUAGCACUUUAAAAAAACAUUUUAUACCAUAUUGCAGAGGCUUAUGUUUACUGGAGGUGUACAAGGAAUUUUAUUUUUUGUGAUAUUGAAAAGAUUAUUUUUCAUUUUAUAUUAAGUGUACAAUUGUACA